CAGUAUACACCCGCCUGCAUAGGGGCUGUCAUUGCCUGGCUACUCGAGGAGGAGGCAUCCCUUUGGUUUUGGCCUCCAGGUCGUGGGACCAGCGGGGGCGCGGGUGACGAGCCAGAAUGGGUGCAAUUGGUUGACUUGGGGCGCCAGAGAACAUGGUAUCAGGGGCGGCAGAGUGAUGGAACAGCCUGGGACGAAUCGGGACAGGACGCUCGGCUAGGUUUCAGAUGGAUGCCCGAAGACCCUAGAGACAGCUCCACUGAGAGUGAGGCGUGGUGUCAAGCCAAGCCGCUGGGUGUUGGCACGGAUACACCCCUGGCAUCCAGAUUAGGAUCAUGACUCCUGUGAGCAGCCAUGAAGUGGCGGAGAGUGUUUUUGACCUGGACUAUGCUUCCUGGAAGAUUCGCUCGACGCUAGCAGUAGCUGGCUUUGUCUUCUACCUGGGCGUCUUUGUGGUCUGCCACCAGCUGUCAUCCUCCCUGAAUGCCACCUACCGCUCUCUGGCAGCCAGAGAGAAGGUCUUCUGGAACCUGGCAGCUACCCGUGCUGUCUUUGGUGUCCAGAGCACAGCUGCAGGCCUAUGGGCCCUGCUGGGGGACCCUGUGCUCCCUGCCGACAAAGCACUUGGCCAGCAGAGCUGGUGCUGGUUUCACAUCACCACAGCCACCGGAUUCUUCUUCUUUGAGAAUGUGGCUGUUCAUCUGUCCAACCUGUUCUUCUGGACGUUUGACCUGUUUCUGGUUGUCCACCACUUCUUCGCCUUUCUCGGGUUUCUCGGCUCAAUGGUCAAUCUCAGAGCUGGCCACUAUCUAGCCAUGGCCACUUUGCUCCUAGAGAUGAGCACGCCCUUCACCUGUGUCUCCUGGAUGCUUCUGAAGGCCGGCUGGUCAGGCUCCCUGUUCUGGAAGGUCAACCAGUGGCUCAUGAUCCACAUGUUUCACUGCCGCAUGAUCCUCACCUACCACCUCUGGUGGGUGAGCCUCACGCACUGGGACGCCCUCGUCAGCAGCCUGUACCUGCCUCACUUUGCACUGUUCCUCUGUGGGUUGGCCCUGCUCACGUUCAUCAUCAACCCCUACUGGACACACAAAAAGACUCAGCAGCUUCUCAAUCCUGUGGAUUGGAACUUCGCACAGCCUGAAGCCAAGGGCAGCAGGCAAGAAAGGACCAACGGCCAGGUGCCCCAGAAAAAGAGGCUCUAGAACCCAGGGACCAGGUGGACCGUGACGCCGGUGGACGAGUGCCCAGGAUUCUGCAGAGAUCCGUACAUAGUGAACAGAUGAGGAUGUGAAUGAGCUUAGAUCUAGGUGCAUACUAACUUGUCCUUUAGUAUUAAUUCUAAAGUAGCCAUGAAGUAUCGCUGGGGCCGUGGCUUGUCCGCAGGAGGUCUUUGCCAUCAUGAUCUUCUUCUGGUCUGGCCUCAACCAUCCUGUGUCUGUCAGGGAAGGAGCCAUGGUGGCUAGGCGUGCAGGCUGCCAAGGAGGCCAGUCUGGAUCAUUGAAAGGAUUGACCAAGGAGGUCCCCAUGUGGGUGUGGACAUGUCUUGUUCGGAAGUCAUGUUCUCUUUCAUUGCAAAGAACUGACCCAAGAAAAUGUGAUUUGCUCGUAUUUGCUCGUGAAUACUUCCUAGCAGGUGGAAUUUUAAGCCGGUGGCCACGCACCUCCCUCUAGUGGCAAGAAUCGGAAGGACACAGUUCUGGUAAAGGGUUCUUUGUGUCUUAUCAGAGUUUGCCCACCCCUCCUGGCACAGUAGAGGUGUGAAAGCUUGUAUUUUGAAAACAAAAUACCCCUCAAGGAACCUAAUAACCUGUUUUUUUUUUGUUUUGUUUUGUUUUUGUUUUUUAAUGAGAACUUUUAGUGAUAUAUUUCUCAAUUGACAGAAUAAGGUGUCUGGCUCUUCGGGCUAUUUCCAAUUGACCAAAGUGGCUAGGCUAGCAUCCAGCUGUGCACUGUCAAUUUCAGGGCAGGGCAGAGAUGACUGCUCCCCUCCAGGCUGUGAGGGGGUGCUGUAUCUAGAGAUACCCAUCCUGAGUUGCUGGGGUCCAGGACAAGCAGCCUGCCUGAUGUGACCCCAUGCCAGUGUUCUCACUGCACUGUUUGUGGGUACCAUGGCCAGGCACUGGCUAGCCACGCUAUUGGCAGACACGAAAACGUUCCCCAAGAGUGUGCAAUUGAAGUACAUUUCAUUUUUGUCAAAACCGCCUUUGAAAUGGUGGUAUCUCUGGAAAAUCAUGUGUGACUUCUGCUUGCCGUGGAGGGGCGGCCUCAGCAUAUUUUGACUACUAGCCCUUUAACUUUAUCAGGAUGUAUGAUGCCUAUUUAUUUCUUUCUAAGAAAGCCCUUCCUCUGUGUCCCCAAGAUGCUCAGCUGCAAACCCUGUAGCUCCUGUGUCUGCUUUGUCGAGGCACCAGCCUGGUGGUUUCUAACUGGGCAGGAGUUUAACAAAGUGACACCUGCUUACAGAACCCAAGCACAUGCCAGUCCCUGCCAGAUCAUGUGAGCCCCACGCUCACUGUUUGAGGGUCUGGGAACACCCCGUGUCCAGAGGACCAGGGUGCAGCUGGAAAGUUCAUCUGACUUUCUCUGGCUUCCACUAGGGGCGUGACCUCACUUUACAUCCUCUGCCUUUGCGUGUGUCAACUGAGUGGCAUUCAGGUGGCUUCUGGUUGCCCCCCUCCUCCACAUCUCUUCUGAGCAGAACUUCUCCCUGGGACCUCAGAGACGAGAGUGACCAGGGAGAAGGCUCAGGGGAUGGUGUGACCAGCAGUCCCUGCCUUUAUUGCCCAGAGCAGUGGUUCUCAUGCUGCAACCUUUUAACACAGUCCCUCAUGUUGUGCUGACCCCCAACCACAAGCUAAUUUUUGUUGCUCCUUCGUAACUGUAAUUUUGCCACUGUUGUGAAUCAUAAUAUAAAUAUCCAUGUUGUCCGA